GACUCCUCCAGCAGCAGCAGCACAAGUUCUCUCUCCCUCCCCGUCCGGCCACCCCGGGGAGCGACCUCUGCUGCUUUGACAGCUCCCUAAUACCAAGCAGAACACCCCUUCCACGACACGCCCCUCUCGUCAGCGAUUGGACGCGACGCCGGUAGCCCCCGUCCUGAUUGGCUCGUCUCUUCACCCCCCCUCCCUGAUGGAACGUUCAGAACUCCGAGACAGACACUAUUCUGUUACAUUGUAGCAAGAUGGCGACUGUCAUUCACAACCCACUGAAACCACUUGGGGAUCAGUUUUACAAAGAAGCCAUCGAGCAUUGCCGGAACUACAAUGCAAGGCUUUGUGCCGAACGCAGUGUCCGCCUCCCCUUUCUCGACUCACAAACUGGCGUGGCUCAGAACAAUUGCUACAUUUGGAUGGAGAAGAGGCACAGAGGGCCAGGAGUGGCUCCAGGACAGCUGUAUACUUACCCUGCUCGAUGUUGGAGGAAGAAAAGACGUUUACAUCCCCCUGAAGAUCCCCGGUUACGGCUAUUGGAGUUAAAAUCAGAUGGAGAUUUUCCUUUGCGGAAAGAUAAUGUUAUGUCAGAGGGGACCACACUAGAGGCACUACUACGGGGAGAGGUACUAGACAAGAAAGAUGUCAAAGAUGAGGACAGCCUACAAGAAAUCCAGAGAGUUUUAGAAAAUGAUGAAAAUGCUGAUGAUGCAAUUGGUGAUGAGGACUUCGAGGAGGAUAUUCCAAAAAGAAAGAACCGGAGCAGGGGACGGGCUCGUGGUGGAAGGAGGAGGAAUGAUACGUCUUUUGAUGAGCAUGACAAACCUUACGUAUGUGACAAUAGUUACAAACAAAAGCAUAACCCAAAAACAGCCGACAAAGUUUGUGGAAAACGCUACAAGAACAGACCUGGCCUCAGUUACCACUACGCCCACACUCACCUCGCUGAUGAAGAAGGCACAGACAGCAGAGACCAGGAUACUCGAUCUCCAUGUUCUCCUUCCAUCCACAGAAGUGAAAACCAGAAACCUCGCAAAGGGUCCGAUGGUGCUAUACUUUCAAAUAACUACUGUGAUUUUUGCCUUGGAGACUCAACCAUGAACAAGAAAAGCGGACAAUCAGAAGAACUUGUUUCCUGUGCUGACUGUGGACGCUCUGAAGAUACCAAAGCAGUACCCUUUAGUGGUCCACAGGGCAAUGGAAAUAAGACCAAACUAUCGUCGUUCCUGCUAAGCUGAAAUCAGACUGAACGACAGCAGGAUUGUACAGUUCCCCAUGCCCUUCGAUGAUCAUCUACUUCCUCAACAAAAGCAAUUUACAUCGGUUCUGACAACAACAAAAUAACCCCACCACCCUGCACCUGAAAGACAAACUCUUGCCUGUGCAAUAUGGCAAACUAGCUUCUGCUGAAGAUUUUUGAGUUUUCAUUUUAUACAUAUAUAUAUUUUUUAGCUUAGAUGCUGUGUUUGACACCCAGCUGUAGUUCGUGUAAAUUUAAGAAAAGACUACAAAAAAAAAGGAAAAAAAAAUACCCCGCAGACGUCUACUUAUUUAUUACAAUAUUUAAACAUAAACACAAGAUACCCAGCGCUACGGUUGCACAGUACUUGUUUUCCUGCAGUUUAUGGCGACAAGAAAGAUCACGUUGAAUGGAGAGAAAGCACUUAUGCAAAAUAAGGACUGGUGAUUUCCUUUUUUAACUUUUUUGUUUUUUUUAGAUAAAAAAAUUCUGUCCUGUACACAUGUAAAAUAAGUAAUUCUGUGCUUUAGGGGCUUUUUUUUGUUGCAGGUUUACUAUGUUGUUUUUCUAAUUUUGUAGCGGUCUUGACAUCAGUACGCGGAUGUGAAUGAUAAACUGCCGUUGCGCAUCAGGUUGGUUGGUGUGUAUGUCACAGCUGCAAAAUGGAACAGCAGCAGUUAUUUAUCACUGGCCAGUAGCAAAACUAAUCUACAUAACCUGUUGAAAUGUACCAUAAAUUACUGUGAGAUAUUGUCUGCUGCUGAUAUAAUAACAGUACUACUUUAGGAUUAAGAAUUUUGCUAAUUCCCUGACACAGAAAGUUGGGAAGUAGAUUACACAUGGAGUUUGGCCACUAUAAAAUCAUAUACGGCAACCAUUACUGGUUGCCAGAAAAGAUUGUACUUUUCAUGAGUUACUAUAGUGACACCAUUUGUCUAUUAUUGUUUGAGAUUAUAGCUAUGAGACCACUGAAUGAAGAACAAUGAAUCUGAAAAACUAUUUAAAAAACAAACAAACAAACAAAUAAUAUUUGUGUAUUUUAAAUUUCAAAGCAGGGAAGUCAUUGUUUAAAAAAAAAAAAAAUAUAUUAAUAUUUUCCAAGACUAUUUUUUGUGCUCAUUUUGCAUCUCGUUUGUGGGAAGAUGCAAUAUUUCAUUUUAUUUUAAAUAGAGACGCUGUAUUGCACUGGUUUGUAAAGAUGAAAGAAAGAGAUUAAAUGCAGUUAACAAUGCCUGGCUAUUACAGAUUGUAAAUCAUCUUCGGUAAUUGAUGGGGCAAUGAUUGAAAUGUGGUGUUAUCAAAAUAUGGGCUCGAUUUAAGUCAGUGCAAAUUGAAUAGCUGAAUAGCAACAGGAAAGAGCUCCCAGAGCUAUUCAAUUCAGCGCACUGUUGUACAGGAGAAUGACUGUUAUCACGCCUUAAACAGUGCCUGGUGCGAUGCUGUUUCUGGUGUGCUAAGGGCAGAAAACAGAAUAAUGCCAGUAGUUUUGUCGGAUUUCUACUCGCACCCCGGGAGGGGCACGAGAAGAAAUCCUCUAGUCGGGCAUUACAGUACGCUGAAUUGAAUACCUCUGGCAGCUCCUUCUUGGCGCUAUUCAAUUCUCACUGAACUGAAUUGAGCCCUAUGACUGCAGUUCUUCAUCUAGAAUUAAAUACUUGGGGGCUUAUGCAAUAGCCUGCAGCUGCCGGAAAUUCCCGCACAGCCUGCAGCCGCGGGAUAUUUCAUAAGCCCUUAGUGUUUUUAAGGAUACUAUGGAACUAUGUAAGAGAUACAUACAUACAUGCUUUCCUGUAAGAUCUACAGGACAUUUAGAACUGUAUACAACAUGAAUUAAACAAUGGAAACCAUUUUCAAUCUAUAGAGAAUGUGUUUUCUUUAUCUUACUUUUUUCUGGGGUAAAUAGUUGGUACCUCCAGAAAACAGACUAGUUCAGCAACUGGUUUUAUUCAGUAGGUACAGUCUGUGCUUACUAGGGUUAAGACAAUAGACUAAGGGCAUAUGUAUUAAAGCUUACAGAGAGAUAAUAUUGUGAGAGAUAAAGUACAAAACAGCUCCUGACAUUUUUCAAACAGAGCCUGUAAAAUGUAAGGCGGAAGCUGAAUGGCUGGUACUUUAUCUCACAAUUUUAUCGCUCUCCGAGCAUUGAUAAAUGACCUCCUACAUUUUAAAAAUACUGAAAUACAAUUCAUUCUACAGUAAAAAAUACAAACACUAGCCCACGUCACAGACCACCAAGCCUACAGGCAGAGACAGGACAUCCGACUGUCAGCACGUACUCUCAUUGAGCCUGAUUCUGAGUUACAUUCUGUAAUACCGAUGUUCACGGUGUUGAGACAUUUCUGUGUGCUCAAAAAACCUUCAAACUCUAACAGCACAAGCAUCCCACGGUAUGUACGCACAGAGACUCACAGUAUUAGAAAAGGGGGCGGUGGCUAUUCAGACUCACAGAUAUGGUCCAUCUUAUGGGAAGGUCGCUUAAUCGCUCAUGUUGGAGGCCAUACUCUGCACCUGCUAUGAGGCUGGGGCAUGUUUUGAUGGUGCUAACAAUGAGGGCGUCUAAAGAUGCGCCAAGUGGCAUUAUAAUGUCUGAAGAUGCUUAAAGUGGGCGUCUCAUUCCUUCAACAGUCAUAUGUACACCAGGAGAAGGGCUAAUACUAGCAUUAUCAGCUGCGUACUUAUAAUAGGUGCAGUGUUGGCAGUGUACACACGCCCCUGGGGUUUCAGGGGGGGCAACACCGCAAACCCUGCACCCAUUUUUCCCCAAUACUCUCCAGAGUCCCGCAUCAGCAGUGCAGCUGGAAUCACCAGGACAAUGGUAUGGCGCCCAUUUUCCUGGCAUCUUGCACAUGCGCAAUAAGAAAAUCUUUGGGAAAAUGGCCACCGUGCCAUUUUCUCAUUGUCCUGUGCAUGCACACUAGACUCUGGGACAGCGCUAGGGUCCCCUAAUGACCUUAGUGCCCAGAGUCUACAGCGCUGCAGGCUAGAGAGGAGGGGGCUGAGACAGAUCCUGCACACGGGCCUCCUUCUCUCCUGAUACUCCCCUGAGCAUUAUCAUAUAGUCACAGACACGGAUACGGCAAAAGGCGCUGAAGUGAUCAAGCAGCGUAUGACUCAGAAUCAGCUUCUUAUAUGUAGGCUGCACAACUGCAGGAAAUUAUGUAACCAACUAGGCCAAAAGCCUGGACAACCCUCCCCCUAUACCCCUUUCACACCAAGCUUUUGACCUGUUAUAUUGCUGGAGCAACCCGGGCCUUGGCUUGGUGAGAAAGUGUCUCCCAGGUCAAAUCCAGGACCGACCCAGGUAGGUUGCAGUUUGAAGGCGCAACCCUGGUUAGCAGAGCAGUCACGCUAAAAGGACCAGAGAGGCUGAUCAGCUGCGCUUGGAUAUGAUGUCCUCUCCAAGCGACGGCAGACCAAACAGUAUUGUUGACCCAGCAAUUACACAGGUCCAGCCUGGCUUCAAACUGUAUUGAAUAACCCAAGUUGGACCCGGGUUUUCAGUGUGAAAGGGUUAUUACUAACUGCUCACGAAAUAGGCACAGUGUUGUCGGAUUUGGAAUAAUUCUGCAAUGGAAUGAGGCAAUGUACUGCAAUAUUAUUAUACUGUAUUGGAGGAUGAACUGUUGGCUUUAAAAAGAGAUACAGUAUUUUGUGUAAACCCUAUGAAAUAUUAUCUGGGACAGUGCUUCUCAAACGUGGUCUUCAACUAACAGUCCAGGUUUUAAGGAUUGCCAUACAGAUGAGUUAAGGAUCUGCACAGAUGAAUAAGUACCCCAGUCAUUUUGAUUGAACUAUCUGUGAUCAAGAAUGGCUAUCCUUAAAACCUGGAUUGUUAAUUCAGGUACAUACUACCCGAUUGGUGUCACUGAUCCAAUAAAUGCUCAGAUCAGACAGAGCGAUUAUCGGAUCGUUGCACACCCAUUCACACUAAGCAGCUUCCUGCUCAGGGUGUACUUUUAUCUCUUGAACAACAUUGGGAGGUCGGGAACAAUCGGACCAUUGCAGGAGUGUUUGAGGAAGUUAAUCAGCUUCAAACACCUUCAUACUCUCAAUAUCCAAUUAUUGGGCCAACCAACCAAUUGGCUGAUCGCCCCGAUAAUUGGAUAGUGCACCCAGCAUAGGGCCCUAAUUCACACCUGACCGUUCCUCUGCUAGUUUGCAGAGGUCUGCGAUCAGAUAGUCGCCGCCCAGAUCGAGUGGAUACCCGCCCCGUGCAAGUCUUCAUACGUCCUGCGAAAAGCUUUGCACAUGCCGGUCAGCUGCAAAUUCAUUCGCAACUCACUCACCAUCGAAUGAUUUUUCCCAGUCUGUGCAGUCUGUGCGUAGCCCAGGACCUACUCCUACAGAGCGAUAGAGUCAGGCUGAUCGGGGCCGGAGCUGACGUCACGCACCCGCCCUGAAAACGCUUGAGAACGCCUGUGUUUUUCCUGACACUCCCAGUAAACUGCCAGUUACCACCCACAAACGUUCGCUUCCUGUCAAUCAGUCUGCAUACGCCUAGCGAUCAAAAAGAUGCUGGAUUAUUUUGCAGUUUGGCCUCACGUGUGCGCACUACAAUCCGUAUACAUGCGCAGUCCAUCGAUAAUCGGUUGCCUUUCAAAUUCGCACAACAGUGAUCAGGUAUGAAUUAGGCCCAUAAUUGUGUCUUGAGUACAGAGUUUAAAGAACACUUAUCUGAGGUAUAUGGGAGCAAUAGUGCCCUCGCUGUGCAAGACCAGAACUGUAUGAAAUAUAUAAUGGCUCAGACUUGUAGAAACUAAGACCGCGUGCCAGGUGGCAGCACUCUUCACUUGAUGUGUCAUUUUUGUCUUGUACAUUAACAUUUAAUUAUUUGCUGAUUACUAACAUAUUAAUCAAGUCACAAUACAUCAAAUGAUUUUCAUUUAUUUUCACUUUAAAGAUAGAAUGCAGUAUUUGGCUAAGGCUGUGAAUAGACGUGAUGCAGGGAUGGGUCUGUGUGCCAGAAUAACGUGAAUAUGGGCCUAAAUGGGAGGCAAUCACAAGACCGCCUGUUGGGAUCCCGGGGGUCACAAUGCCAGAAUCCCGACAGGCUGUGAAAUCCCGCCGCCGGAAUACCGGCGCCACAGGCCUUUCUCACUCUGUGGGUGUACAUGACACCCAUAGAGGGAGAAUAGUUCCUGCGGUGAGCAAAGCGAGCUAUAGUGCCUGCAGCGUGGCGAGGGCAGGGAGCCCACAAGGGCUUUUUAGCGCUUGACCUGCUGCCGGCAUACUAGAGGCCGGGAUUCCGCUGUUGGGAUAAUGAUAGCCAGGAUCCCGGCCGCCGGUAAAACAUUUCGUAUUCCAGCCUGAAUGUCUGGGUUUUGUGAGGGUUAUACAAGACUCUUGUGUAUAGGCUUUCAUGUAGAGUUGUAGACAUGUCUGAGUAUCACUGAAAGACGUUCAGGAAUACAAGGACAGACCAACUUUAGAACAAGGGAAAAAAGACAUUGAUUUAAUUUUCAUGCUAUUUAAUGAAACCUGUGAACAUGAAAUAAAGAAACUAUGUAGAGAAUAAGCAAAGUGCACAAUGAUGAAAAUCCGGGAACCUGUUCUUUGUACAUCACUAUUGCUGUGGUGACAUCACUUGCCGCUUUCCACUAAUUAAAAGUAAUGUCAGUGGUGACACAAAAUGGGCCAGAAUCUGACGCUUUAUCUCUGUUUCUGUGAAUCAUACAUUGUAUUUUCUGCUCUUUUCUGCUUUCUCAAAUUGAUAGGAAAGGCUACUACUGAGUAACAAAGAGCAAAUACGUUAUUCACUGUCGAGUCACAUUAUUAUGACUGUAGUACGUCACGUGGAUAUAUACAUACCUCCCAAAUGUUCCGAUAACCGCUGCUCUGCUUUGCAAAGCAGCCAGAGAUCACUGAAUAGAUGGCGUGCACAUGCGCAUGGCAUCUAAACAGUGCGGGGAGGUGAGCGCUGGGCACGUACCCAAAAGUGACUAAAACGGGGGUCGUGCAGUGAGGCCCCACCCUCUUCUCCCGAGGCCUCACCCCCUUUUCAGUUUCGGGCGCACCUGGUACAGUUUCGGAGUCUACAGAAGUUGGGAGGUAUGGGUAUAUAAGGUGUGCAAUAGGCCAUCUGCACACAUAUCACUUGUUGCUGUCAUGGGUAAACGGGGCGAUUUAUCCAGGUUACACAAAGGAAUGAUUAUCGGCUUUCAGGCCAAGGGUGGCAGUAUUUCUGAAAUAGCGCAGUUUGUAAACUGUUCGCGUGCUGCUGUGGUGAAGGUGUAUUGUGACUGGACAAAUGGCACCGUUGCCAAUAACCGACGUAGAAACUGCGGAGCACCAGGUGGCAUUGAUCUGAGAGGUGAACGCUGGUUAUGAAGGUGCGUGAGGGCCGACCGAAACGCUACAGUGGAGCAGCUCACCAACAAAAUGAACCUGGGGAGUUCAGCCCAUUUAGCUGCUGUCUGUUCUGCAGAUGGCGGUUACUCUGGCUAUUAGCUGGUGGUCAUAAUAAUGGGACUCGAACAUGUAUAAAUGUACUGCAUCGCAACGUAACCUGUAAUGGCAGUUUUAAAAAAAAAAGUGGGGAGGGGGGUUAUAAAGUAACAGCCCAAGUAGAUAAGAGGGAAGUGUGUGUAAUGCAGGUGUGCUAUUACACCAAGAACGCAGAAAAUGCACAUCAGUCUUACACACUGCAACUGCUGACAGCUAACAAGACAUCUGGUCACCGGCUAACAGCCAACAACAGUUAUAAUAACAAUAGCACCUGAGACAUUUUACAGAUUAAUUAGUCUAUCCGGCCACUCGCAAUAAAACAAUCUCAACUAUUUAUUUUGCAAUAUUUUAUUUUUUUUACUUUCCCUUUAAGCAAACGGCAAGGUCCUAUACAAGUAAUAACUGUGUUGCAGAUGUAAUUUAAACCUUCCUGUAAAGCCUGAAGAAAAAGAAAAACACCCUAAAUCACGAUCAAUGGAUUGCUCCUCACUGUGCCCUUCAUUCAUAUUCCAGCACUGUCUGCCAUAAAGUACAGUAUUCACACCGCUAUCAGUAAGUCAAUCACUCUUCUAUCCCUCUGCGGCCAGUGCUCCCGAUUCUCUCUGCUCAGGUUAGUAAAAUUCCUUCCAACUUCCCAGCGUAUACAGCGAUGACCUGUAAGCAUCGCACAAGCUUUUGUAUAUAAGCACAAAGGAUGUCUGAUGUGUGGAACACAUAUUCCAACAUUUCCUAAACACCUCCUGCCUGGAAACAUUAUUUAAUAAAAAUCAAACAAACAACCGUUUAGUGUUAAAGUAUUACGUCUCCAUAUAAAUAUUUGCACAGCACCUAAAAUAAAGAUUUUACAAAUAUUGGUGUUUUUUUUUCGUUUUUUUCUUCAGAUUAUACAGCAAAGAUAAUUAUUUGAAACUGCAGUUACAGGAUUAAUUAGCAUCAUAGGGGAAUAUCUUUUUUUUUUUUUUUCUCCCACAGAAGAGUCACAGAUUUAAGAAGUGAAUGAUAAUGUUAGAAAAGUCCAUAGAACACGUAGAGAUUAUUAGAAUGCGUUGUAGACACCCAGAUGCAGGAAGACAUGUGGGUGGGGCGGGGGGAAGAUGCAAUCUCAACCUUGUACAUGUAACAAGGUGUCAUCUAGGUCUCCUACGUUACAGACCUACAAUACGCUGCAGGCAUCUAUCAAUAUGUCAGGUUCCCAGGAAAUUGUUUUCAGGAGCUGAGCUGCCCUAUGGCGGAACAUCCCAUGUACAUUAAUGGACAGCCGGCCCAGCAUAUAGAAUCUCUUACAUUGAUUGCGUAUAGGCCUGCGGUCCUGCCUAACCAAUCUCAUUACUCUGUUCUUACGUUUCCUAAUUAAAUCAAAGUAAUGUUAUUUCUGUAAAUGAAGCAAUAUUUUCUAUCCCUCGUUAUUGCCUGUACACUCUAGAACGGCCAUUAACUUGUACUUCUAAUAAAUAUGUAACAUUGUUAAAUAUGUUUCUAAUGAUACGGGUGAAAAAGUCUUCCCAGCCAAACAUUAGAUUACCUUAGGAAAUGCCACGGAAAACAGUAUAGAGUUUAUCUAACGGGCAUAAAACCGUACACUCAUACUCAUCUAUGGAGAGGUUUCAGUAUUAAAUGGGAAUAGCCACUCCGUAUUCAGGGAACAGACAUCUGAGAAAUGGCAUUUACAUGGGAGCUCUUCUCCUUAGAAAAUCUACUUUGCCCACUGGGUUAUUAUGCAGUCAAAUAGAAUUUCCAAGAGGUCUGUUCUGCUAAAUAAGUGAAUCAUUUGAAUGGUGUCACUAGGGCGAAGCUUAAUCAGAAGCUUUUUUCAUUUUACAGUGAAGCGGAGAAAAGUAACCUUAGAGUAGCUUCUAGGUCCAGUAAUGGGAACAGAUGGCAGCCAUGUUCUUCCCAUCAUUCCUCCUUCAGGGCAGUAAAUGCUCUACAGUAGUACUACUCAAACCCCGGUCCUCAGGACACCCUAAAGGUGCACGUUUUCCAUAUCUCCUUGCUGGAGCACAGGUGUAUUCAUUACUGACUGAUGCAUUUUUAAAGAUCCACAGGCAGCCAGUGGCACCUAGCUUGUCUCCUAUGUCUGUCAGGGGAGCGGAAUUGCGCUGAUAGCACCCCCCAGAUCUGACUGUGGCUGAGGGGCACAUGGCUCCCCCUUGUCUAGAACAGUGCCUCAAAGCGGCGCUUAAAAAUGCCAUUUAAUUAAGUAAUUAACCUGCUUUACCGACGGAUGGGAAAGGUCUCUACAACCCUACGUGUGGCUCUAAUUAUUUCUUUUGUGAUUCUGUGAGGACACCUGGCUAAUAGGGCAGUAUGUACUAAAGGGAAAAUGUGGUAAAACCCCCGGAGGUCCUUCUGGCUGCAGGGAGGAGGUGGUGCAGCCCGGGACUGACUGCUGCCUGCUUGCCGGUGUCUGGGAGGUGAGAGACCCCAGGGAGGUGACAGGUAUCGCGGUGGGCCUCUGUCGAUGCAUUGUGAUGUUAAUCUCAUAUGUUAGUAGUACUUAUGUGAUUAGCAUCACUGCAGUGGGCGGCGAUGUAUUUUAAUACAUCCCGCCCAUAGUAUGUGCUGGGAACUGGAUUUGAGAAGCACUGUUCUACAGGAAUCUUGAUACACAUCGAGGCAGCCCUUUAACCUUCAAAAGAACUGCACACUGCCCUUAAUCUCAGUAUUAAGCAAUGGCAUAUUUUACCUAGACGCUCCAGGGCUGCAGCCCACCAGUAAAAUCUGCCACCUGCAAGGACUGCCUAGCAAUGGCAGUGACUCCUCAAUGAAAAUGAUCCCUGUUAAUCACAGGCAGCCAGACAGGCAAUCCCAGGGGGGAAGGGUUUUCUUUCUCUGGGACUGCCAGUCCGGUCUGCAAUUAGCAGACAAAGCACCUCCAAUGGGAUACUGCGCCCCUGCUAGAAUGGCAGGCCAAUACGACUUCUUGGGGCUGCAGCCUUAGAAGACCACUUGUUGAUUUGUGCUCAUAUGUAGGAUUGCAAUCCUGUGCAUGUGCGUAUUUCAGGCUGACACAUCCCCAGGAUAUAGAGGUAAGGGCUGCCCCUUGUAGGAAGUCAAAUUAGCACGUUUAAUGAGAUAUUUAAUAGCAAAUCGGCAGGUCUUUAAAAACUAAAAAAGCAUCACAGGGUAUAACGAGCAAAUACUGUACAACAACAAAGGAGAAAGGGCUUGGUGGGGGGGGCAUCACUGCUGUUCGGAUCACUGCUUUACAGUCUAGGCUCGUGGGGGUCAUUGAAAUUAAUUCGGGUAUAGCAACCUCUGUAGGUUGCAAAGAAAGAUCUGUUAAGUUUAUGGCCACAAAUUGUUGGGUUAGAAUGCCGGCAACUCACAAACCACUGAUUUCCCCCCUUUAUGUACAAUGUCUUUUGUGGUAUUAAGGUUUCACUACUGUUUCCAAUAUACUAUACUGUAAACAUGUCUGCUGUGAUACUAUAGACUGUAAAUAACCUCUUCUCUAUUUACCCACUUCUAGUAGUGAUAUCAAUGUAAAAGCUACUUUUAUGUGUGGUUAUCAGCAAUUCAUUGUUUUUUAGUUUCUUUAUUGACCUAUUGCAAUUAAGGCAGAAUUUACCUUCAGUAAAUUAUUUUUUUUGCAGGAACAUAACAAACAAAACUAUUUAUUAAAGAUUAACACGUUUGUGUAGAAGAUUAUUAUUUGCAAAGCAAAUCAGCGGUACUAAUUAAUUGGACUCUGAGAGACACCUAUGUUGCCUGUUUCCGUGUCUGCACUGCAGCAGAGUAGAAAGCCUGCGGCUUGAGCUAUAGCCUUGUCUAUGUGCAUCAGUGGGCAGACUGGACAAAACACAGACCAGAUGAGACACUGGCAACAUAGUGUAAUACAUACACCAGCUUGUUUCCACAAUUCUCACUUUGACGACUACUGUACUUCUGUUAGCAACGGUCAUAUUGCGAAGAAAAGAAAGAAUUGCAGAUUCCACAUUUUAAUGAUGCAUUGAAUAUGCUGCCAUCAUCUGCAUAGGUUGUAUACACCCCACUUGUGAACUAAUUGGGUUAUUCAUAAAAUGAACAUUUUUCUGAUGUCUGUUUUGAAGCUAAUUAUUGCUAUGGAAGAUCUCCAUGUACUGUAUGUAUGUCAGCUAUUGUGUGUGCAUGUGAUCAAGAUGGAUUGCACAAAGUCUGUAUGCAAAUAUAUUUAAGUAUCGUAGAGAAAAAGUCACACAGAACAAACUAAAAACCUUAGGGGGAGAUGCAUUAUCAUUUUAUAGAAUGUGCUUGAUAAUUACCAUAAUGCAGAUUGGUUUCUAUGGGAACUACUCCACUGUUUUCACUGCUUGAUACAUUUGGGCAGAUGUAUUAAGCCUGAA